GCCGGCUCCACCACCACCACAGCAAAGACCUCCAGUCAUGUGACCCGCUGCAGUGACAAGCAGAGGAACUACUGUGUGAACGGAGGGGAGUGCUUCACCCUUGAGAUCAUGCCCGGCAGCACAAAGUUUCUUUGCAGGUGUCCAAAUGAAUUUACUGGUGAUCGCUGCCAAAACUAUGUAAUGGCCAGCUUUUACAAAACGGAGGAGCUGUAUCAGAAACGCAUUAUAACAAUAACAGGGAUCUGCAUUGCACUCCUAGUCGUUGGAAUCAUGUGUGUGGUUGCCUACUGCAAAACAAAGAAGCGGAGGAAGGAGCUCCACGACCGUGUGAGGCAGAGUCUGAGGAAAAAGAGAAACAACAAUAGCAAUAAAGGUGUCGACCCCAACAUGGCAAGUUCAGCCAGAGGAGGUCCGACUUCUAACUUGCCUCUUCAGGAUUUGCAGCUCAUCAAUCAAAGUAAAGGGAAGACUGCGCAGCAUGCAGCCGAGGGGGGAACAGAAACUACCUUCUCCACAAGCCAAAACGCUUUAUCUGCGCAUGAACCCACCACAUUCACCAACAUCUCUAGCCAAAGAGAUACUCAUUUCCGCAGGGCAGAGGUGUACGACACGAGUAUGACCGGUGUGAGCCCGACACACGACGACAGGCCGAGGCCCCUACAAUGGGGGUAA